GGCUUAGACGCCCAGCGGUACACGACGGGCACCAUGAGGACCUCUGUGAUGCUGCUGCUGGCCUCCUUGGCCCUGCUGGGACUGGCUCCCGGCCUCAAUUGUGGUACAGCUGACAAGGACUUCCUGAUCAGGCAGAAAAAACUUCUGCAGCUCUUAUGGCACGUUGGACAACCUGCACUGCUCCCUGAAAUGAACGAGAUAUCCAGUUCCUUUGAACCUGAAGAACGCGUUGCACAGUUCAAGGACCCAGAAAUUGUCAACCAAUUCGUUAAGUACUACACACACGGCUACGUAAAGAAGCGCGGCGAAGAACUGCCGGUGCACUACAAGUACGACGAGCUUCAGGUCAAGGCACUCGUCAACUUCAUACACUGCGCCGAGAACUUCGAUACCUUCUAUAAGGCAGCUGCGUGGGCCAGGGAACACGUGAACGAGGAUCUGUUCUGGUACGCAAUCAACGUUGUCAAGCUACACCGCGAUGAUCUUUUCCAACUCGCAAUGCCGCCCUAUUACGAGCUCUACCCCCAGCUCUUCGUUAGUGACGACGUCAUCAAUGAGGCGUGGAAAGCUACCCUACGAGGGAAGACUUUCAACAAGGGGGAGCCGUACGUGAUCCAUGCCAACUACAGCGGCCCCCCUUAUGCCGAAGAAGCUGACGAGCUGCUGUCCUACUUCACUCAGGACGUGGGCCUGCUCGCCUUCCGAGAUUUCCUGCGCUUCCGCUUCCCCUUCUGGGCCAAGCUGGAGGACUACGGCCAGGCCAACGAGACCCACAGGGGAGACCGCUUCUACUACGACAUCAAGUCCACCCUCAGCCGCUACAACCUGGAGAGGCUCUCGAACAACCUCCCUGACAUUGAACCUCUCGAUUACGAGAAACCAGUCCCAGGAGUCAAGCCGGAGGGCUCACUGGUACAGUCUGUCAGGACACUGGAGCAAAGGCUUUGGGAAGCAAUCGAUUCUGGAUUCGUACUUGAUACGGAACUCAGGAAUCACUCUCUUCGUGACCCAUCGAGCAUUGAGAUCUUCGGACGAAUCGUUGAAGGUAAUGCAAACUCUCUCAACAAGGACUACUACGGUUCAUUCUACCAUACUUUGUUGGAGUACGUGACGCACGACGGUGAAUGCUGCUUUUAUCACCCGGUACGACCCGCGGAACCCUCCAUCGUGGGCACAACAAUAUCUGCCUUCAAGUCUCCUCUGUACUACAAGAUUGCUAAGCGAGUUGCUCUGGUACUGGAUGAGUUCAAGAACCGCCUUGGACCUUACCCACAGGAAGAGCUGUUGCUGCCUGGCGUGGCGGUGGAGAGCCUGACCGUUGACAAGCUGGUCACGUACUUCGAGGACUAUGAUUUUGAGCUGAACAACGCUAUUCCGGUGGCGAGCCAGGAGGAGGCCGCCAAACUAAACGUGGUGGCCCGCCAGCAGCGUCUGACGCACAUGCCCUUCAAUUACCACGUCAAGGUCACCAGCGACAGGGAGAGGGACGUCUUCAUCCGCUUCUUCAUUGGCCCUGUCUACGAUGUCUAUGGCAAGAAGCUGUCUGUGGAAGAGAGGCGGCACAAAAUGGUCUACAUCGACUCAUUCGGCAUCAAAUUGAAAAAGGGAGUGAAUGAGCUGCUGAGGAGAUCAAAGGACAUCAUCUCCUACACCCAGCUGCCAAUGAGCUACACUCAGCUGUUCGGAGCUACGGAGGCCGCCUUGGCUAGUGGGACACAGCCGUUUUCCAACUACAUCAUGCGCAUAUUUGGAGACAUCGAUCGCCUGAUGCUGCCACGCGGAACCCGUGAGGGUCUGCCACUCUGCACCUAUGUAAUCAUCAGCCCGUGCUCAACCAAUACCAACGGAAGAAUUGACCCAUACACCAAAGACAUGUGCCCCAAGACCUCCCUAUUCCCAUUCGACAGGCCCAUCAACGAGCUGGAAUUUGAAGUGCCUAACGCGCUUUUUGGAGAAACUGUCAUCUUCCACAGGAACGCCGAAGAGGUCGUUGUGGUCUGAAGCUACACACUAUUCUCUGCCAGUAC